CGUGACAUGUUGCAUCAAUCAAUGUCAAUUGUCAACCUUUUUUUAUUGGAGUGGAGAACUCGAUCGUAGUCAAAAAUGUCUAGAAAAUCUGCACCGGGGAUCUUACAAACCACCAAUUCUCUAAUUGAAAAAAAAGAAUUUCGUUUCACAGUCAGAAAAGUAAAACAACUGACCACCUUCAGUUCAGCGACCGUGAACGUAAAUGGGGUGCCAUGGCAAGUGAAAUUGAAGAAAAAUGGUGAAAAUGUCAUCAUCGAACUGCAGUGCAACUACAUAAAUCCGAACGCAUAUUGGUCAUGUGCGGCUCGAGCCGUAAUAAAACUGUUGUCAUUUGCCACCAAUUCGGACAUGUACGAAAAGCGUCAAGAUGCAGUCGCCGUAUUCAGCUCCAAACUUCCAUCGAUAACGCGCUCCCAGGAAUUAAUUAAAUGGAACGACUUACUGGAUUCUAAGAGGCAGCACGUUUGUAACAAUACUAUUGUAUUAGAUGUGAGCAUACAAGCAGAGAAAUUAAGGGACAGCAGUCAAAGCAGAUUGAUUGAAGUGGAACGGCUUUAUGGACAUUCGAUUCUCCGUUUCAAAAUGGCAAAGGUGAAGGGUGUCAUAGCCAUGGACUCUCCAAAGUUCAUUUUUCGGAAUGUAGCAUGUGAACUGACCAUAUCAAAGCGGUAUCCACUAACGAAGAAAGAAUUAGAUACAGACAAGUACGGCUACCUUGGCAUUUGGUUGAUCAGCGAAAGUGUCGACACAUCCAAAUACGAUAUUCAAGUCACUUUUCGGUUACUAUCUCAACGAAUAGGAGGAAAGCAUGUGGAAAAGCUUGCAGACAGCACUUCAUCGAACCGGCUGAACUUCAGUUCACGAUUGAUACCUUUACACGAGUUAUACGAGAGUCCUCAUGAAUAUGUUCGCAACGAUUCCCUGAUACUUGAAGUUGUAAUGUCCGAGCGUAUAAGCGAAGAUCCAUCGAUGAGCGCUCAUAGCGGUUUGGCUAAGAAGAUAGUAAUGGAAUGCAUCUUAUGUUAUGAGAACAUGAUCGAUCAACCCAUUUCAUCGACACCGUGUGGACAUAUUUUUUGCUCAAAGUGCACAAUUGAAACGUUGAGAGUCAGACCUUCGUGUCCGAUUUGCAACAAGUUUGUAAGGGUAGGUGAUGUUCAUGCCGUCUUUUUACCGUCAAUUCAACAAAAUGAAUAACGAUUUCGCAUUGUAUUCACCUGUCAUGCUCACAGUGAUAUGACGAGAUUGAAGAGUCUUUUUUUACUGUUCGUUGAAUAAAUGAAUAAGAAUUUGGUAAUUGUUCUGCUGAUCUAUUUAACUGAAGAAUAAACAAGAAAUCUUCCGACAAACUUUA